AUGAGCGAAGGAGGUGGUAAAGGUGGACUUGGAAAACUGACUUCGCUAUUCAGUGGAUUCGGGAAGGGAGGAGGAGGAGGAGGCGGAAAGGGGGGAAGUAGCAAGGGUGGAGGAGGUGGGGGCGGUUGGGGCGGUUGGGGCGGCGGCGGCGGUGGUGGCGGAAAAGGCGAUGGUGGACAGGUUGGAUCAUCCGGUUACAUCGUAAUCACUCCAGUGGCAUCAGGGGGAUCCUCCGGUGGUUAUGGUGGCGGUGGUAGUGGUGGAAAAGGAGGACUUUCCGGAGGUGGUGCAAUAGGAGGAUAUUCGUCUGGUGGUUCUUCAUCUCAAUACGGGGCCCCAUCAGGGAAAGCUUCUCAGGGAUAUGGAGCACCCGCAUCCGGUGGGUACUCUGGUGGCGGCGGUGGGUCAUCCGGUGGAUACUCUGGCGGCGGCGGCGGCGGGUCAACCGGUGGGUACUCUGGUGGUGGUGGCGGAUCAUCUGGAGGGUAUUCAGGAGGCGGCGGCGGGUCAUCUGGAGGGUAUUCUGGUGGUGGUGGCGGGUCAACCGGUGGGUAUUCUGGUGGAGGUGGCGGGUCAACCGGUGGGUAUUCUGGUGGAGGUGGCGGGUCAACCGGUGGGUAUUCUGGUGGUGGUGGCGGGUCAACCGGUGGGUACUCUGGUGGUGGCGGCGGGUCAUCCGGAGGUUAUUCAGGAGGCGGCGGGGGGUCAUCUAAAGGAUCCUCCCAGUAUGGCGCACCAUCGGCCCCACCAUCAAAUAAUUAUGGAGCUCCUUCCGACUCGUAUUCAUCAUCGUCUGGAAGUUCGUCCUUUGGAGGACCAAGUGGACCAAGUGGGGGGUACUCUGGCGGAUCACAGCCAAGUGGGGGUUAUUCUGGUGGAUCAAGUGGGGGAUACUCUGGUGGUGGAGGAUCCGGUGGUGGAAGUAAAGGAGGCUAUUCGUCGGGAGGAGGAUCUGGAAAGAGCGGUGGUGCUCAAGGGUAUUCUGCUCCAGCCCCACAAAGCUCAUAUGGAUCACCUCCGGCCCAAGAGUACGGUAGUCCAUCUGGCCCAAGUUCAGGGGGAUAUUCAGCUCCUGCGCCCCAAUCUUCUUACGGAUCGCCAGCCGCGCCACAAUCUUCUUAUGGAUCUCCUGCACCAUCUGCGCCAUCAUCUUCUUAUGGGUCGCCCGCUCCAGCAGCGCCACAAUCUUCUUAUGGAUCGCCAGCGGCGCCACAGUCUUCGUACGGAUCACCAGCUGCGCCACAAUCAUCUUAUGGGUCACCAGCUGCGCCACAAUCAUCUUAUGGGUCACCAGCUGCGCCACAAUCAUCUUAUGGGUCACCAGCUGCGCCACAAUCAUCUUAUGGGUCUCCAGCGCCACAAUCUUCGUACGGAUCGCCAGCCGCGCCACAAUCUUCUUAUGGAUCUCCUGCACCAUCUGCGCCAUCAUCUUCUUAUGGGUCGCCCGCUCCAGCGGCGCCACAAUCUUCUUAUGGAUCUCCCGCACCAGCUGUGCCACAAUCAUCCUAUGGGUCUCCAGCAGCGCCACAAUCUUCUUACGGAUCACCAGCUGCGCCACAAUCGUCUUAUGGAUCGCCCGCUCCAGCUGCGCCACAAUCUUCUUACGGAUCUCCGGCACCAUCUGCGCCACAAUCUUCUUACGGUUCACCAGCUGCUCCUAGUUCUCCUUCUGGUGAACAACCUGGAUACCGAACAUUACCUGAAUCGGGUGGUGGACAAAGUUAUGGUGCCCCUCAGCAAUCUUCAGGCUCAGGCGGCUAUAAUGCACCUUCAGGGCCUUCACAAAGUUAUGGAAGCCCUCAGAAAGGUGGAAAUGAAGGCGGUUAUUCCGGUGGAUCGUCGGGAGGUCAAGGGGGCUAUUCAGGAGGAUCGUCCGGUGGUCAAGGGGGAUACUCAGGAGGCUCGUCAGGAGGUGGUCAAGGUGGAUACUCGGGCGGGUCGUCAGGUGGUCAAGGGGGAUAUUCAGGAGGAUCCUCGGGUGGUCAAGGGGGUUAUUCAGGUGGGCCAUCCGGUGGUGGCCAAGGGGGAUAUUCAGGAGGAUCGUCAGGUGGUAAAGGGUCAUCAGGUGGUGGGCAAGGGGGAUACUCAGGCGGUUCGUCCGGUGGUUAUUCAGGAGGAUCGUCAGGAGGUCAAGGGGGCUAUUCCGGUGGAUCGUCGGGCGGUCAAGGAGGAUACUCGGGCGGUUCGGCAGGAGGUCAAGGUGGAUAUUCAGGAGGGUCAUCAGGUGGUAGCCAAGGAGGGUACUCAGGGGGAUCGUCAGGAGGUCAAGGGGGCUACUCGGGAGGAUCGUCAGGAGGAGGUCAAGGUGGAUAUUCAGGUGGAUCGUCUGGAGGUCAAGGGGGUUAUUCAGGAGGAGGUCAAGGGGGUUAUUCAGGAGGAUCCUCAGGAGGAGGUCAAGGGGGUUAUUCAGGUGGAUCGUCAGGAGGUCAAGGGGGAUAUUCAGGAGGAUCCUCGGGUGGUCAAGGAGGAUAUUCAGGAGGGUCGUCGGGAGGUCAAGGGGGAUAUUCAGGAGGGUCGUCGGGAGGUCAAGGGGGAUAUUCAGGAGGGUCAUCAGGUGGUGGCCAAGGGGGGUACUCAGGGGGAUCUAGUAGCCAAGGGGGUUAUGGUCGUUAAUUUAGACAGUUAUAACUUAAUAUCUUAAAAUGCCAGAAUGCAUAUUUUUGCAAAACUAUAUUUUUUGAAUAAGUGAUUGUUGUUGUUGAUAAUGUGUUGUAAAUUGUAUGAAAGUGUACCCAAAGAUAAAUAAAUACGUGUGUAUGGAUGGGUGCCUGUUUUUACAGAAA